CAUGGCUCUUCCGUCGUGGCUUCCAUUCGCCAUUUUCUCUUGAAGCGUGCAGUUCUCUCGCGAGUUCUUUCUUAGUAAUAUUCAUAUAUCAGAAUAUAGAAAUAAUUAAAUUGUGAAAAUAUAAAGGAAUAAAUAUCGCGAAUAUGAGUUACGGUAGGCCACCGCCGCGUAUCGACGGCAUGGUGUCUUUAAAAGUUGAUAAUCUUACGUAUAGAACGACGCCAGAAGAUCUCAGGCGUGUAUUCGAAAGAUGCGGUGAGGUUGGUGAUAUCUAUAUACCACGAGAUCGUUUCACUCGUGAAAGUCGUGGUUUUGCUUUUGUAAGAUUCUAUGACAAGCGUGAUGCAGAAGAUGCAUUGGAUGCUAUGGAUGGUAGAUUACUAGACGGUAGGGAACUUAGAGUUCAAAUGGCACGAUAUGGACGACCAACCUCGCCUCAUAGAAGUCGUGGAAGCCGCAGACGUGGAAGGUCACGCAGUCGUAGCAGAGAUCGUAGACGCUCUCGUACACGAUCACGCAGUAGAUCUCGUAGCCGUGAUAGAGAUCGUAGACGUUCCUAUAGUCGGAGUCGUAGUCGUUCUCGUUCCGACAGUAAAAGCUCCCGUGGGAAGUCUCGUUCUCGCAGCAAGUCUCAAGAAAGACAGAAAGACAGUCGUUCCAAAUCAAGAUAAGAUACUGGAAUAACAGGGCAUGAGUACAAGCAAAAAGAUCCACAUCCUCCGAUCCACCAUAUUAUCUGUCUUGAGAAGAGAUUGAAAAAGGUAUUCUAUUACUCUAUACCUACAGCACCUCUGUAACAUAUUUUCAUUCAGAGUGUCAUUUAUAUUUAUACAUUAAUUCUGACAACGUACUGUUCUGCGGUUUUUUGUAGAAAAAAAGUAAAAUCAAGUUUAUUGUAUUACUUUUAUGCUAUGAGUCUAACUUUACAAAAUUCUUAGUUUACGUGUUUUAUUUGAUUUUUACUGCAUUAAGCAUUAUUGUUUAAUGAAAUACUUUUGUAUGUUUGAAAGGAGAGAAAUCUUGUAAUUUUCCUUUGUAAAGAGACUUAUUAAUUGCAAUUUACUGUAUAUCUUAUAAUUAUCAUCAAAAUUAUAUUGUAUUUGAUGGCACUUGUACUACAUUCUAUAGGAAAUAUUACCUAUCACUAAACGUUUAUGAAUAGUAACCUGUGUUUAUUAAUAAUAGAGUCAUUACUAAUAGUUUACAUUCGUAUUUCAUAAUCAGGUUUGAGAAAAAAUUAAAAUGAGUAGUUUCGUAUAGUAUUUCUUUUAAAUUGCAAAGGAAUAAUCUCUCGUUCGUUUGUAGUUACGCACGUGUGCGCGUACGCGUAUUAUAGAUAUAGAUAUCUAUAAAAGAGGAUAGGGGAGAGGGAAAGGAUCUACAGAAAGAGUAGUAAAUACCUUUAUAUAGUACAGGUCUUUCCAAACUAAUUCUAAUGAUCAUCAAAUACACUCGAUGAUGAUAAACCUGUACUUCCUCAAUGUAUAAACAUUGAAUGAUAUCUUAGAUUCAUUCGAUUUCUUUUGUACAUAAUGGAUGGACAUGUUCAUUGUCAAUUAGUGUAUAUACAUAUAAUAUUGUUUUAACAAUGUUGAUUAUUUGACAACAUAUUGAUAUUUUGAAAAAUAUAAAAAAAAGUCUUAAGAUAGUAUUCAAUGUAAUGUUUGCAAAAUCAUCAAUUUUUGAAAUAGAUUAUUAGUAUUUGUUAUAUUGAUAGAUUAUAAAUUGAUGCAAAAGAUGUACUAACUAUUAGAAGUUUUUUUAUUUAUUUUUUUUUUCCCAAUUGCACUAUUGGCAUAUUUACAUGUCAUUUUUUUAUUUUUAUUUUCAAUACAAUGCAAUUAAUAGUAACUUCUACAAAAUACUUCUAAGUUAUAUUGAGAUAUUAUUUUUUAUUAUAAUUAUGAAAUUGCCCACAGUGGGCAAAAAGGACUAAUAAUAUUCCUGGAAAUAGUAAUGGUGUUAAUGUAUAAUGGUAAUUAACAGGUAAUGUAAGAUACAUACAAUUGACUAAAUUUUAUACGUAAUUAAUAUUACAUCACAAAAUAUCUUUGAUUUUUCAUUUCUUAAUAUUUGCAAAGUAAAAAUCUCGUAUUGAUCGAAUGAAAAAUUUUUUUUACAAUAUAUAUUUUAGAAAUAAGAUAUGCGUUUCUGUAAUGAUAUAGGUUUAUUAAUGUAAAUUUGCCAGAUAAAAUAAAGCAUAAAAAGACAUAGAUGAUAACACUUUUCGGAAAAAAUUUAAAUGUUAGUAACGUUAUAGUAAUUUCUAGUAUGUGUAUAAAAAUUUUGAAAUUUAUAAUUUAACUGACUAUAACAGUUUAAUGAGCCUUUUUUGACAAAAUUAAUUCAAUUUGCUAUAUUUUGAAAGCAGUACUACAAAAUUAUUACAUAAUUAUUACAUAAUUGUUCCAUCUGUGCAAAAUAUUUGUGUAAACAAAAUGAAAGUACUACAGUAGGAGUCUAUAGAUAUUGUAGUUAUUGUAAAGAUAUUAUAGUGUAUUCAGAAUUUAUAUUGUAAUCAGAAUAUGAUUAGUUCGAAAAAUAUUGGAUACACUUAUUGAACGUGACUUUAGUAAUAUCCUGUAGUAUUGUAUUGCUACUUAACUCUUUGUGGAUGUGAGAAUAAUAUUUUGAUGUAUGGCAUAACACAAUGACACAUUAUUUUAAUAUUUCCAAAAUAAAGCAAACACUUAAUUGUUAGAAAGUGUUAUUUUUGCAGUAAACAUCGAUAAAUAAUCUAUCGUUCUAAGGAUCGUAAGAUUCAGGAGAAACGUAGCUUCUUGACUAUACCGUCCACAAAUGGGUUAAUAGAAAAAGAGAGAAGGAGAGAAAAGAAACUUAUUUUUAUAUUAAGUUCUUAAUAUUAAGUUAAACACAAUAUGUUGCUUAAAGUUCAAGAGUUAUUUCUUUAUGAAACGUUAAAAUCCUGUCAUGGAUGUAUCAUAUUAUCUCGGUAUAACUAAGUUAUAAUUUUAUGGUGCCACAGGCGGUGGAAAGGAGUGGCAUGGCGAGUGUAGCCGAUGAUGGGGUAGCUGAGAGUAAGCUGUAAGCCGAGUAAGCAGGGCUGUAAGCAGUUUGCAGUAGCGGGCGGUUGGUGGUCUGGUGAAAGCAGGUUCGCGAGAGAUCGAUGCGAGAGAGUGUGCGAGCAGUCUCUUUGGGGGGUCGCACUGCAGAAUUUGCGGAUGGUACGGUCAAGCGCAGAGAAUAAAAAAGCAGAACGCAAUCAGAGCAGCAGCACGCGGUUGCUGGUCGCAGAGACAUCGAUCCGGGUAGCAGGUAGCACGUGAGCAUAUCACCAGACACCUCGCGAACGAGAAAACGCGUCAGCUGAUAAGUUACCACAUCUAUCUUAGUUGCCAAUAAUUAUUUGACAAUUAUUGGCUAUCGUUUUCGACACUUGCCGCCACAUAGUACAAUUAACUAGGUGGAACUGUGCUCGAAGAAUAUCACAUUUCUUUCCGUUUUUUCUUUUUUGUGUUUUUCUUCUAGAUUCGAUAUAUCAACAGGAUUUUGGUAUAAACGUUUUAGAGGUAAGCCAAGAAAAUAUUUACUAUAUGUGUGUAUAUUUGCUUUAACAACUCCAUUCAAGGUAUAUUUAUUGAUGUAAGGGUGAUUAAUAAAGAUUUUUUUUAACUUA